AUGGCGUCGUUUAUAUUCACUGCUAUAAUAACUGGUUUAGUGAUAGUUGUUAGUUUACUAUUAAACUCCACUACAAAAAUAUUUAAAAUUAUUUUUAAAAGACCAGUUAAACGCAAAGGUGCUGUGGAAAUUGAUACUAAGGAACAUAUCUAUGCACAUCCAGAUUUUGCCGAUAAAUUAGAGGAUCUUAGUUCAAUUGGUUUAAAUACAUUAUAUGAUGUUUUUUUACGUGGUUUCAAAAUGGGUGCAGAUCGACCACAAUUUUCAUAUAGACAAUCAUCUGAUGAACCAUUUAAAUCUUAUACUUUUAAACAAGUAUAUGAAAUAAUCCGAGAAACCGGUAGUGGUAUUGCUCAACUUGGACUUCCAAUAUCCAAUAAAACAUUUAUUGGUAUUUAUGGUUCAGCGUCAGUUAACUAUGCAUUAUCUGUAUAUUCAUGUUGGCCAUUUUCAAUGGUACCCGUUGGUAUUUAUGAUUCACUUGGUCGUGAUGGUGUUCGAUUUAUAAUCAAACAUGCUGAAGUCAAAUUAAUAUUUGCUGAUGAUGUUGCACGUGUACGUAGUUUAAUUGAAUGGAAAGAUGAAACAUUAGCAUUAGAAACAAUUGUAAUGUUUAUUGAACCAACACCGGAAUUAUUAAAAUCAGCUGAAGAUAAAAAUCUUAAACUUAUUACAUAUGAAAAAUUAAGAGAACUUGGUAGAAAUAAUAUAAUUGAUUUUGUUCCACCAACACCAAAAGAUAUUGCUUUGGUUAUGUAUACAAGUGGAAGUACAGGAGAACCAAAAGGUUGUAUAAUUACACAUGAAAAUUUUCUUUGUGCAAUGUUUGGUUGUGCAAGAGCGAUGGAUUUAGAAUCAUUAGGAAAAAAUGAAGUACCACGUGCUAUGAAUUUCUUACCUAUGGCACAUAUGUUUGGUUGUGGAACAGUUGUUGCUAUAAAUUAUUUAGGUGGUGAAGUUGGUUUUUGGCAAGGAAAGGUUGAUAAAUUAGCCGAUGAUUUUCGUGAUUUUCGACCAACACUUCUGUCAAUAGUACCACGUUUAUUAAAUAAAUUAUAUGAUAAAGUUCGAUCAGAAGUUCUUAAAAAAGGUAUACCUGGUCGAAUUUUACUUCGUCUAGCUAUCGGUGGUAAAUUAGCAUUGCUAAGACGUGGAGAUUUUGGACACGAUACAAUAUGGGACAAAUUAAUAUUCGAUAAAAUUCGUAAACAAUUUGGUGGACAAGUCCGAUGUGUCAUAUCAUCGAGUGCACCAUUAUCAGCUGAAGUUUGUCGAUUUUCUCGAGCAGCAUUUUCUUGCACUUUUGUUGAAGCUUAUGGCCAAACAGAAUGUGUUAUUGGAUGUUGGCAAACAAAAUAUGAUAUUGAUUCAGGUGAAACAGGUAUUCCAACAUCAUUCAAUCAUGUUAAAUUAGUUGAUGUACCUGAAAAAGAUUAUUAUUCAAAAGAUGGUGUUGGAGAAAUAUGUAUAAGAAGUAAAGCUGUAUUCAGUGGUUAUUUAAAAGAUGAAGCUAAAACACGUGAAGCUAUUGAUGAAGAAGGUUGGUUACAUACAGGUGAUAUUGGACGAUGGACACCGCAUAAAACAAUGAAAAUAAUUGAUCGAAAGAAAAAUAUGUAUAAGUUAAGUCAAGGUGAAUAUAUUGCACCAGAGAAGAUUGAAGAUGCAUAUUCACGUAGUCAAUUUGUAUAUCAAACAUUUGUAUAUGGUGAUUCAUAUAAAAAUUUUCCCGUUGCUAUUGUGGUAUUGAAUGAAGAUUAUGUUAAAAGAUGGAAUGCACAAAAUAAUAAUAAUAGUAGUCAAUCAACUUCCGAAGAACGAUUAAAAGAAAUUGUCCUUGAAGAUAUGACAAAAGAAGGUAAAAAACGUGGUUUAAUGUCUUAUGAACAAGUCAAAGCAAUUGAAUUUAUCAAAGAACCUUUUACGAUUGAAAAUAGUCUUUUAACGCCAACAUUUAAAUCAAGACGUUUUGCAGUAGAAAAAAAAUACAAAGAACUCUUUCUUAAUUUAUAUAAGAAUGUGGAUGGUUAG